AGGUAGGACGUUACGUGACCCUGUAGGCCAAGACCUUACGCCCUGCAUACAUCUAGAAAGGUUUACCCCAAAGGUGGCGGCCCAGAGCAGCUCCUCCUGCGGGUCGAACACCACAGAAGAAACCCCAUACUCGUCUCCUCUGAAACAGCUACGCAGCUUCACCUGACGCAAUUCCAUCUUCCAAGUUUACCCAUUGCGCGUAAGACACCGUCGUUGCGUAGACAGUUACGUUUGACGCAUGUGGAUGGUGGAUUCCUAAGCUGCCCUCUACCUCGCGAUCAAGAGGGUAGGAAUCAGAAGACGACCAAGCAUGAGUGCUCCCUCCAGCAAGAACGCUCAAACUGAACCUGACAAGCAGUUCAGAAACUUCCUCACACUGAAGGCAAAAGUCAUCCACACGGAUGAGCUGAUACGAAGGUACCGGGAGAAGGGCCAGGAAUGCGCCUCUCUGCAGGAGCAACUGCGACAGGUACUCAGCCAAGAAGCCUCUCUCAAACAGAGUCUGGUUGGGUUGAGAGCCGAGGUGAGUGCUCUACUUAAGGAGAAAGAGAGUCUGCGGGACGUGGUGACUGCCAGUCAGUGGGAAAAGGAGCUUGCAGAGACCAGAGCCACCAAUGCAGAGGAGGGGUCAGGAGACGUGUCAGAGUUUGUGGAGGAAGAGGAAUGUGACUCUCCGACAUUACCAGAGAGAGUGCCCACUCCAACUGACCUUGACUUCAGUGUGUCUGACAGCAGCUCAGACGGAGGAGAGGAGAUCAGUCCCUUGCUGGAAGAUGACAGCCUGUUUGAGUCUCAGCUUGUGUCCCCUCUUUCCCGUGAGCGCCAGCCCUCCUCGCCUCUUCUCUCCUCCCCCAGCCACAUCCACUCCCCUCUUGUGCAUGCGCCAGCAGACACUAUGAAUAGUGACAGUGGAUCUGAGCUCUCUCUGUCGGAGGUGGAGUCUCUCUCUCCCAUCCCUCCCUCCCCCCACCCACGGCUGCCAACUCUGUCCCCUCUGCCCCUCUCUCCUGCAAGGCAGACCCUCUCCCCACUGCCCUGCUCCCCUCCUUCACCCCACUCUUUCGUUCCCUCUCUGCCUCAGUUUGUCUCAUCAGCACCAAACUCCUGCCAUGUUCCUGUACCCAGUGUGCUUGUCACUUCCUCUCCUCCCCCCAUAGUCUCUCUCUCACAUCUUCACCAUGGCACACUCCACCGCUCACACCCCAGUCCUUUCUCUGCAGCAAGUCUGCCAGCCUCAACUCCUCCUCCAGUCCACCAUUCCCCUCUGCCACCACUCUCUCGAUGUUCCUCCAUCUCUCCUCCUCCAACACUGCACUCCAGCAUCUGCUCUCAACUAGCCCAAAGAUUGUCUGUUACAGUUGACCAACCUUCCUCAACUGUCCCUCCACCUCCUGGAGGAGAAGCCCAGGGAGAACGUAGCCAGACACAAGCAAAGAACCCUGUGGCUGAGUGUAACACGGCCAGAGAAGAGGCUGCAUGUCGGGAGUCAGCUGUCAAGAAAGACGUUGAGAACCAGGAGUCAUUCGACAAUGAAAACAAGAAGACUGUGGACAAGGAUAUCCAGGUGCCAACAGACGAUGACAAGUCUACAGACAGUGAAGAUAAGAAGCCAGUUGACAUUGAGAGGACUUCAGCAGACAAUGAGAAGCCAGCAGAAAUUGACAUUGAGAAGAUUUCAGCAGACAAUGAGAAGCCAGCAGAAAUUGAGAUUGAGAAGCCAGCAGACAAUGAGAAGCCAGCAGAAAUUGAGAAUGAGAAGCCAGCAGACAAUGAGAAGCCAACAGAAAUUGAGAAUGAGAAGCCAGCAGACAAGGAGACCGAGGGAGGUAGAGACACUGAAAAUUCAGGGGGAAAUGCAUCAUGGGAUGAAAAGUUAGGUGACAACGAGAAGUCUGGGGACCACAGGCCAAGAGAGGUGCAGUCUUUUGCUGAGGUAGAGGAGGAACUGAAGGAAGAAAUGGAAGUCAGUGUAGAGGUUUCUGGGGAUGGUUCUCAAUGUGGAAGGGGUGCCAGCACUGCUGAAGGGACAGACGUAAUACAGCAUGAGCUGGAGGAUGGGGAACUAAGUUGCGAGGAAGAGGAGGAGAAUGAAAUGCCAGAAGUGUUGGUUCUUCUAGACUGUGGGGUCCUUGAGCACGGAGAGGAUAGUCCCACUGAAGAGGUUCUGGCCACACCAGCUCACCACACCACUGCAGACAGUGUCAGCCUCGUUCUACCUAACCAGCUACAGUUUGUCGCUCCCUCUCUCCCAACCUCCGGACACAAUAAAACUAGCGUUAGGGAAUGUACUCAGAAGAGAAGACCAAGCGAGUCUCUGGCUGCCCCUCAUCCCAAGGCUACGAGACUCAGCACCACAGUUGGUGAGAGAGAAGGUCUCACACAAACCUACAAGGACAGCGAAGUGGGAAAGGGAGAUGAUGUGGGUGACAACAAUUCCACCCCGAGCGUUGGAGUUGAGAGUGUCAGAAAACACCCCACACACCAUACACCAGCAACUGGAGUGGGGUACUCCACAGACUCCAUCACUCCACGGAGUAUGGGGUGCCCUGUCACACCCUCAUCCAGUGAUGGAGCCAGUCUCCUGCAGACUGACGGAGCCACAGGGCAAGUGGAGAAACUAGCCCCGCCCUCUGCCCAGUCUCGGGCUCCACCCACUCACACCCAGUCUCAGGCUCCACCCACUCACACUCGGUCUCAAGAAGAGCCUGGUUCCAGUGGCUGUUCCGCCAUUCCGUCUGACCCCUCCCUCUCUCCCUCCCUACUGCAGCAGUCGCUAUGUCCUGAUCUUCGCUGUCCUCUUGCUCUCCCUGACUGGCUUUUGACUACCAUGCUCCGCGUCCAGUCAUACUCCAACCAUCAUCCUUAUCCUUCCCGCAAGAAGAAAAGUUUCCAUGGUGGCAAAAGGCAGCACAAUCAAAAGGCUUGUGUUUAUGUGGGGAAUCUAUUGGAGAGACUGAUGACUGGAGAGGUGCCACUAUCCACCGCAGUGAAGCUUCUCUCUGAUUCAUGGAACUGCUCUAAUCCUUCAACUCUCAUCAAAUGUCUUUUACACUAUUUCCAGACCUGCUACAAGCCACGCAUUGAUCAAGUCAUGGCAACCUACAAUGCCCUCUGCAGUGAUGCCAGAUCAAAGGUGCUGGAUUUUCCACCCUCUCCCUCCUUCCCCUCUGCCCUUCUUCGCCCAGAGUGCCAGUUACUUGCUCUCCUCUAUCACACCACAAAACUCAACCCUUCCAUGCCUCAACUUCUGCCUGAACUGGCCACUGCUCUCUACUCCGCUGCCCUCUCUCCUCUCGUCAACUUCCACAGAAUGGCUGCAACCACUAGACUCUUCACUGGCGUUUGUCGCUUCCUCGGCCAGAGAGAGAGAGUCCUCUUCCUGGCCUCUGACCUCCUCCGCAAACCCCUCUCCUGCCAAGAGCUCCCCAUCGUGACAGGGAUGUUGGGGGUUUGGCCUGCCGUCUUUGCCCGCCGACCAGACGUGCAGCUGAUUGUGGAAGGAAGACUGAACCCAGUUGCAGUGGAGGUUCAACCGCUCGGCUACGCAUUGGAGGUUGUGGUGACCGUCAUGAUGAGACAGGGUGGUCUCAACCAGCACCACUUCGACAAACUCCGUACUCUCUGUCAGUGGGGCACAGGCCAGACAAUAACAGCAAAGACGGUCGACAAGCUGGCAUCGGUUCUGCUGCAACUGCUGCAGACAAGUCGAAGAGUGACUGUUGAACAGGAGCCCUGCCGUGGCUGGUUUAGACCACGCCCUUCUCAUCUCACCUUCCAUUUAGUGCACACCCUGCGUCUUCUGUCCUGGUUCAAGGGAUGGGUGUGGACCAGCGACGUUCUAAUUAAAGCUCACGUGUGGCCAAUCCUGCAAUCCUGGAACAGCAAGAACGACAGCGUUCCUGAAGCAACUGUGAUGGCUGUUGUUAGGUUGCUAGGGUUCGUAGGCCAGCAAGGAGCAGGGUCUGGCAACUCUUCUCUGGUUCACUUGCACAAAGUUCUUCUUUCGCUCCUCGUCCGACAAGAAACACCGCUGUCUAUCCAGCUAUGUGCUGCCGAGUCCCUCCUUGACCUUUGUCCUCCGUCACUCCCUUCAUCGCAAGAGGCAGUGGCAGUACUGUGGCAGUGGCUGAGGGGCCUGGCAAACCACCCAGCUGGCCCCCACCUCUCUCGAGAGUUCUGCCCCAAACUCUGCACCGCUCCCCCUCACAUCGCUGGCCAGUCUUCUCAAUCAAUCCCCAGCUCUGCCUCUGCCUUACCACCCAACUCCAAAUAAUGCCCACCUUA